AUGUCCCUAACCCACCUACGAACCGCCCUGCGGACCUUUCAAUCCUCAGGCAAGGCCUUCGAGCUCAUCAACACAAACAGCUCGGCCGCGGCGGCCCGACGAUGCAGGACGCUGGUCGUCCUCGACUCCAGCUUCAACCCACCGACGAUCGCACACAUGCGCAUGGCCACCACGGCGCUACAGGAUCUACAGACACAACGGGACAUUGCAACGACGCUGAAGGGUGGGGAGGCGCCACAGGAGGGGGAGGACGGCAUACGACUCCUGUUGCUGCUGGCCGUCAACAAUGCGGACAAGGCGCCCAAGCCGGCGUCAUUUGAGCAGCGGCUUUUGAUGAUGCAGGCCUUUGCCGGGGACAUACAGCGCGCGUGGCGGGUGGCACGACAAGCACAGCAGCGACACGAACCCGAGCAACAAUCAGCAGUAAUAAAAGGAAGAGAAAGACAGAGCGACAUUCCCGUCGACAUCGGCCUGACUACACGUCCUUACUUUCACGACAAAUCCUCCGCCAUCGCCGCCGCGCCUGAAUACGAAUUCUGGCUCUCUCACCCUUCUUCUUCUUCUUCUUCUUCUUCUUCCUCCUCCUCUGCUCUAGACACACCGGCCACCGAGCAGAUAUUCCUCGCAGGCUUCGACACUCUGAUCCGCAUCUUCAACCCCAAGUAUUACACGCCGCCCGCCCCCGAACAGGGCGUCACGCCUGCCGAUAAGACACCGAUGCAGGCGUGCCUCGAUCCGUUCUUGACGCGCGCGAGGCUGCGCAUCACGAUGCGAACGGACGCUGACUGGGGCGACAAGGAGGAACAGGCGGGGUACGUGGAGCGGCUGCUGCACGGGGAUGAGCUGGACAAGGUCGGCGGAAGGAAGGAGUGGGCGCGGCGGGUUGAGAUGGUCGAGGGGACGGACGGAGGGGAAGACGGGUUGGUGCUGAGCAGCACAGAAGCAAGAGCGGCUGUCGAGGAAAAGGAUUGGAAACGGCUGAGGAGGCUGGUGCCUGAGGGCGUUGCGGGGCUGAUCGAAGGUGGAGAGGUGUCGUGGUGAGAGGAGGGCGCAGGUCCUGAAUCUCUUCUCUGAGUGAGACAGAGUGAGGUGUCUCGAUGUGUUAGGUGCCCUGUUGUAGACGCAGACAGGCCAGUGCUGCUACUGUAGCUUAAACGAUCACGCGGCUUGAAGGCACAUGCCACGACG